AUGAGUAUGCCAUCAACAACAACAACAACUCCUCAAUGUAUGGAAGAAAGCAUCGAUUUUCGUGCUGUUUUAUUAAAAAUUCAAGAAGACCUAUCGAAUGACGAUCGCCGAAAACUUCACUUUUUAUUCGGUGAAAAUAUUCCACGUCGUUUACGCGAUGAUCCAUCUGUCGGGGGUACCUUGAGCCUAUUAGAAUCUCUAUUUGACCAUGCAAAAAUAUCAAAUGAUGACUUUAUGUACCUUAUCAAAGCAUUUGAUAAGAUCGGAUGCGAAGCUGCAGCUAAACGUUUGAAAGCACAUCGACAACAGAGUGAGCAGAAAUGGCAGACUUUAGAUGAGGACCGGCCGUCUUCUUACUCACUUAUGGAUGAAGCGAUGAAAGCUAUUCAAGGAGAUAUAAUAGUAACCAAUGCGACGGUACAUGAACAUCUUUUGAACAGCCAAGAUGAUACUAAACACAAAAAGCAGCCAGACUUAAUUUUAUCGACACAAAAGCUAGCUGCUGUUAAUAGACGGCGUAAAUCAGCGCUUCUGUCACUAUUGAAAAGACACUGUAGGUGUCUUGUAUUUGCAAUAGCAGCGCUUGCGGUAAUAUCAAUACUGAUUGCUGUCAUUAUCAAUUUGAAAAAGACCCGUGAUGAUUAUCGAGCAGCAUCGUUGAAACUGAAAAGUGGUAUGUAUAGAAGAGCAUCAUACAGGUUUAUCUGA